AGAGAAAGGCAAGUGCUGCGCGCCUCAUACUGCGUAGUUCAGGCGAAAUCAGCGAGAAGGGGAAUGUCGGCUCGUGAAUGAUCGUUUUUUUUUGAGGCGGCAGGGAGCGUCAACGUUAUGGCAGUACAAACACAGCAAAAGAAUCUGGAAGGAUAUGUUGGCUUUGCAAGCCUCCCCAACCAAGUGUACAGGAAGUCGGUCAAGAGGGGCUUUGAGUUCACCCUGAUGGUCGUAGGCGAGUCCGGGUUGGGCAAAUCCACGUUGAUCAACUCACUGUUCCUAACCGACCUGUAUUCAGGGGAGUAUCCUGGACCUUCACAUCGAAUCAAAAAGACUGUACAGGUGGAGCAGUCCAAAGUUUUAAUAAAGGAAGGCGGCGUCCAGCUGCUGCUCACAAUAGUUGACACCCCGGGGUUUGGAGAUGCCGUCGACAACAGCAACUGCUGGCAGCCAAUCAUCGACCACAUAGACAGCAAGUUCGAAGACUACCUGAACUCAGAAUCCCGGGUGAACAGACGGCAGAUGCCCGACAGCCGAAUUCACUGUUGCCUGUACUUCAUUGCCCCGUCGGGACACGGACUGAAGCCCCUGGACAUUGAGUUCAUGAAGAGGUUGCAUGAGAAAGUCAAUGUCAUCCCGCUGAUCGCUAAAGCAGACACUCUCACCCCGGAGGAAUGCCAACAGUUCAAGAAACAGAUCAUGCGGGAAAUCCAAGAGCAUAAAAUAAAGAUCUACGAGUUCCCCGAGACGGAUGACGAAGAGGAGAACAGGCUGGUGAAGAAGAUAAAGGACAAGUUGCCGCUGGCUGUAGUAGGAAGCAACACCAUCAUCGAGGUGAACAGCAAAAGAGUGCGAGGGAGACAAUACCCCUGGGGGGUUGCAGAAGUUGAAAACGGUGACCACUGUGACUUCACCAUCCUCCGGGAUAUGCUCAUCAGGACGCACAUGCAGGACCUGAAGGACGUGACUAACAACGUCCACUACGAAAACUACCGCAGCAGGAAGCUGGCUGCUGUCACCUACAACGGAGUGGACAACAACCGGGCUAAAGGUCAACUGUCCACCAAACUUGACCCAGUUGAAGGAAUGAGUCCCAUGGCCCAGAUGGAGGAGGAAAGGCGGGAGCAUGUGACCAAGAUGAAGAAGAUGGAGAUGGAGAUGGAGCAGGUGUUUGAGAUGAAAGUCAAGGAAAAAGUGCAGAAGCUCAAAGACUCUGAAGCCGAGCUCCAGCGGCGUCACGAGCAGAUGAAGAAGAACCUGGAGGCGCAGCACAGAGAGCUGGAGGAGAAGAGACGCGUGUUCGAGGACGAGCGGGCGAACUGGGAGACCCAGCAGCGCCUGGAGCAGCAGAAAGUGGAGGCUUCCAGGACUCUGGAGAAAAACAAAAAGAAAGGCAAGAUCUUUUAAGAGAAGGUCGGCCAGACGACCCACAACGCCAGUUACUUUUUGUUUGCCAAUGUUGCCGGUUCAGGACACCCGUGUGUGGCACUGACAUCCUCCUCCUGCUCCUCCUCCACCACAUACUC